AUGUACCUCCAUGGCGGCGUUCUGGGUCUAGCGGUCGCAGCGCUACCACUCGGGGCGUUGUCACAGAUCAUCACCAUCACCGAGUACCCAAGUACAUGCAGCGCUGUCUACACUUCAAGGACCGCGACUUUCACCAAUGGCAGCGCAAUCUACACGAGUGGCAGCAGCUCAGUGACUGUCUACCAGUCGACUGUCGUUGUAACGCCAAUUCCCUCGAGCGCUCCGGCAACACCCACAGCUCUUUCAGACGCGGCUCUGAACGAAGGCCUUCCUUUCGUUCUUCAAAUACAGCCCGGCGUCGGAGGAGGCUCCAAGCGAAGGCAGGCUGAGAGUGCAACGUAUCUCACAGCUGGCGGAUACACCACAACGGAUCCCAGCAGAGCCGUUCAGUACAGAAUAAACAAUGGCACCUUGGGUGCAACAACCGGCGGAUGGAUCUCGACUGAACCAGAAGUUGAGAACAUGCCAUUUGCAAUCUCUUCGACACUCGGAUCAAUCAGCACUGAAUUCGCCUUUCAGAAUCUACAGCUCCACUGGAACAACUCCGCCUUCGAUGGUGGUGCUGCAGGAUUCUUCACCGUCCGCGCCGGCAAUGGCAGCCAGCAAGUCGUUGUCAGGUUCAGCGGAGCUCGCGAUCCCAGUUGGGUUGCUGUCACAUUCGCCGCUCAAUCAGCAAGUGGGCUCGGCAUACAAACACUCAGCUCUGUCGGAUCAACGACAAUCUCGACUUUGAUCUCGAUCGGCAGCAUGACGGUUCCAGUGACUUCCGGCAGCACCACCGCUGAGGCUCCGUCCAGCACUUCAGAGAGUGCCCUACCUCUCGGCACCUGUGGUCCAGAAGUUGGACUCAACUGCUACGGCGCUGAUGCAGGAAGCUGCUGCAGUCAGUAUGGAUAUUGCGGUUCUGGAUUCAUUUACUGCGGAACCGGAUGCCAGCCAGAGUAUGGCGAUUGCGAUGUCGCCGAGAGCAGCACCAGCGUCUCGUACGUGCCUACGGUCAUCACAAGCGGGACGGCUGUGAUUUCGACGAGCGUACCAGUCGUACCAUCAUCCAGCGCUGUGGUCUCUGGCGACGUGGUCUCCAGCAGCAUCCGUUCCAGUAGCGUGGUGUCUAGUGGCGUAAUCCCGAGCAGCGUAGCCUCCAGCGGCGUGGUUUCCAGCGGCGUGGCAUCGAGCGCUUCGAUCUCCAUCUCUGCCGUAGUCCCACCAUCUGCCACCCCUUCAUUUGCGGCACCAAGCUACAGCUCGCCAGCCUCAUCGCCAGCAGUCUCGCCUACGCCCAGUGUCAGCCUCUCCAUCGUGACAUCCGAUGGGAGCAGCGUCACCUACUCGAUCACAUUCACUCCAAUUCCAUCGGUCAUUACGAGCGGCAGCUCUGAAUACACUCUCCUUCCAACAUACAGUGUGCCUGGAGAACCUAUCGGCCCCAUUGGUCCAAUCCAGAGUUCGAGCUUGCGGGAUACGGUCAUCUCAUUGCCUCCAACGCAGGCUUCUAGCUCAUCGUGGGUUGUGGGAUCGUCAAGUGUGCCGGCGUGGUCUUCCUCAGCCCCUGCUUCAGUGUUCUUGAGCACCUCAUCUCCAGUACAGAUCCCAUCAUCUGCCGUCCAGGUCCCAUCUUCAAGCGCCCAGAUUCCAUCCCCCAGCAUCCAGCUCCCAUCGCCAAGCUUCGCUGUCACCAGUUCGUCCAGCUGGAGGGCUUCAUCUCGGUCCACCACAACCUACACAAACCUGGAGACUUUCCCCUCGAUCAUACCAGACCCGACGACCUCUUCCAGCUCGACUGCUGUGAUCAGCCCCAGCACUGCCAGUCCUCGUGUAUCGAGCUCGCCAUCUAGCAACGUGGCGCCGCCUUCCAGCAGUGCAGCAAUAUCUUCAACCAGAUCAUCAACAUCCUCAGCAGCAUCAGCUACAUCCACCGGUGCAAUCUGCCCCGCUGGCGCUGGCAGCGUCGUCACAGACUCGCAGGGAGCUCAGUACACCAUCGGCUGCGGCAGGGACACGCUGGGCAACUCAUCGCCAGGUCUCGAAGCACGCAACUCAUACGCCGACUGCAUGAUUCUGUGCGACAACACCUCCGGUUGCCUGGGAUUCACAUUCGCGGGAGCUGACAUGUAUGGAGUUGGCCCGGGCAACUGCUACCUCAAGAGCUCCAACAACGGGGAGCCUCUGGAGUUCUCGCCUUCCGAUGUUCUGAAUCCACGGCUCGUGUCUGGUAUCCGCGUCGCAGGCGCUGCAUCGCCAUCCCCCAGCUCCUCGCGAGCGGCAACUUCGUCUGCUCUAGGAUCUUUACCAGGAAGCUCCAUUCUCCCAAGUUCGACCCCUCUGAGCAGCAUCGCAGCCCUCCCCUCAUCAAGCCCAGCCCCAACAACCAGCAGCGCAGCCCUCACCUCAUCCUCAUCGCCAUCCUCGAGCUCAGCUCCACCCACCCUCACCCACCUCGUCCUCAACUCCCCCACCCCCUGCGACUUCGGCGACCCCCCAACCUGGGACGAAGACGACUCCUACUGCGAAGUCCGCCUCCCCUCCCCCAUGACAGUCUACACGCAAUCCUCGCCGCGAACCUACUUCUCCACCAACGGCUUCAUCGCCCUGCUCUCAGGCUCCUCCCAAUAUCAAGUCCAACGCCUCCCCACCCCCUGGCUCCCCAACUCCACCAUCGCGCCCCUCUGGGACGACUUCUUCGUCUACCGCGAAAACGGCCAGACCCCCACGCAGGGCAUGUGGUACCAGUUCAACAACGGCGGGGUGGAAUACGAAUGGUACGUCGCGCGCGCCGGGGUCGAGGAGACGAUUUACCAUUUCACGGCCGGGUAUAAUUAUUCGCGUCCGGGGGUUUUUGAGUUUAGGUAUUAUUUGACGGGCGGGGAGGAGGAGGGCAGUUUUGCUAGUGUCGGGAUGCAGGGUCUGGAUUCCACCGGGUUGGCGACGGGCUUUCAGUACAGUUGGAAGACGGCGAUGAUCACGCCGGGACUGGUGUUGACGUGUGAUACUAAUGCCAACUCCUGUACGCAGGGGGCACCGGAGUACUGA